CUACCAUCAUAUAUGGCCCCCCUCUCUCUCUAAAGAAGCUAAUCUCUUCAUCAAUUCAAACAACAAAGAAAAGAAAAGAUGAGCAUUAUUAUUAACGAUGAUGAUGAUGAAUCUUUGAGAUCUCUCUCUCUAGAUUACCUAAACCUUCUAAUCAACGGCCAAGCUUUCAGCGACGUGGCCUUCAGCGUUGAUGGCCGUUUGAUCCACGCCCAUCGCUGCAUCCUCGCCGCUCGUAGCUUAUUCUUCAGAAAAUUCUUCUGUUCAUCCUCUUCCGGAUCAGAUCAUUCCGGCGGCGGCGGCGGCGGAGGAGGAGGACUCGAUACAUCCGGACACAGGAUAGUCGGCUCUCCACGUGGCGGCGGCGGCGGUGGCUCGACUGCUCCGAUGAUGACUCAGGUCAUUCCUGUAAAUUCAGUCGGAUACGAAGUGUUCUUGUUGCUUCUACAGUUUCUUUAUAGCGGCCAGGUUUCAAUCGUUCCACAGAAACACGAACCCAGGCCUAAUUGCACUGAUAGGGGAUGUUGGCACACCCAUUGCACAUCAGCCGUUAAUCUCGCCUUGGAAACACUCUCCGCCGCUAGAUCUUUUGGAGUUGAAAACCUAGCAUUGCUUACUCAGAAGCAAUUGGCGAGCAUGGUGGAGAAGGCGUCAAUCGAGGACGUAAUGAAGGUUCUAAUAGCAUCAAGAAAGCAAGACAUGCACCAGCUAUGGACCACAUGCUCCCAUUUAGUAGCAAAAUCAGGUCUCCCACCCGAAAUCUUAGCCAAACACAUCCCAAUCGAUAUGGUAGCGAAAAUCGAGGAGCUCCGAAUGAAAACAUCUCUCAAUUCCCACCGCCACCUCCAUUCCCACCACCACCACCGUUCCCAUUCCUUGGCGACAGGAGAUCACGACCAUAAGAUCCGCCGCAUGAGGCGGGCCCUAGACUCGUCGGAUGUAGAACUAGUCAAACUAAUGGUCAUGGGCGAAGGACUAAACCUAGACGAGGCAUUAGCCUUGCACUACGCGGUCGAAAGCUGCAGCCGAGAAGUGGUUAAGGCAUUGCUCGAGCUCGGAGCAGCCGACGUAAACCAUCGAGCUGGUCCUGCAGGGAAAACGCCUCUCCACGUGGCUGCUGAGAUGGUUUCGCCUGAUAUGGUGGCUGUUUUACUCGACCACCAUGCGGACCCUAACGUCAGGACCGUGGAAGGGAUCUCGCCGCUCGACGUUCUCAGGACUCUAACGUCUGAUUUUUUGUUUAAAGGAGCUGUUCCAGGGUUAACCCAUAUCGAGCCCAAUAAACUGCGGUUAUGUCUCGAGCUGGUUCAGUCGGCAGCCAUGGUGAUUUCCAGGGAGGAAGCGGCGGGGACCACCAUAUAUCCUCCGCCGCCGCCGUCGUCUGAUCAUGGAAACCUGAAUUUGGAUUCGAGGCUUGUUUAUUUGAACCUGGCGGCAGCGGGUCAGAUGAAUGAAUCUGGUGAUCAGGAUCAUGGAACAAGGAUGUACCAUCAAAAUCACAAUGAUCAGUAUUAAUUAAUUAAUUAAUUAAUUAGCUCUAUUUAUUUUCUCUCUAAAUUAAAUGCAUGAAAAGUAAAAUGAUUGAGAAGCGAUCGAUGAUCAUCAGAGUACUAAUCUGUCACUUCUAUAUAAAUCAUUUGUAUUUUUUUUAUUUUG